AUGGUGAAUACGCGAAGUUCACUGAUGAAGACCAGGGCUCAGAACAUAUUGGUAGCCUAGCAGAUGAGACUGAGCAAGAAAGUGAUGGAGUAUAUCCUCUGAUUGGACCAGGAGUUUCGACGACUGAUGCACAAAAAGCAAAUCUUAUCUUUGAACUGUUGAAAGUUGGAUCCUGCAACUGUGUUUCAAAAGCUGUGUUUCUUGAAUCACUAGAGAAUGUUGGUCUCCUCAAAACAGAUCCAAGACUGAAACAAUUGUCUGAUAAUUUGGAUAAUAUUGAAAAUGACUUCAUUGACAAAGAAACAUUUGCAAGGUUGGUUGCUCCCUGUGCUCCCUUGAUCAAGAAGGCUUAUUACAAAGAACUUAUUCUACCAGAAUUUAGAGCUUUUACAAAUGAUUUGGAAGAACUAUUCAACAAAUGUAAAACAAUAACUGAUGGCCACGUUGCAACAUAUAUUCCAGAACUUGCUUUAAUGAAUCCUGAUUACUGGGGUAUUGGUCUCUGUACUGUUGAUGGACAAAGAUUUUCAUUGGGAGACUGCACCAUACCUUUCUCUCUCCAGUCAUGCAGCAAACCACUCGUUUAUGGGAUUGCCAUGCAGCAAUUGGGAUCAGAAAUUGUUCAUCAAUAUGUUGGUCAUGAGCCAAGUGGAAGGAAUUUCAAUGAAGUCUGCCUUGAUCUUGAUAAUAAACCACACAACCCAAUGAUCAACACUGGUGCAAUAGUAGUAUGUUCACUAUUUCAGACCAUGGUUGGAACUGGUUUGUCUACAGAAAAGCAACUAGGAGUUAUAAUGGAGCAUAUUCGCAAAAUGGCUGGGGGAGAGUAUAUUGGAUACAAUAAUACAGUUUACAUGUCUGAAUUGAAGACAGGAGACCGAAACUAUUCUUUAGGUUAUUACAUGAAAGACCAUGCCUGUUUUCCAGAAAAUACUGAUCUGCAAGAGUGCAUGUCUUUAUAUUUUCGGACAUGUUGUGUAGAAGCAAACUGUGAAAGUCUGUCAGUGAUUGCUGCUACAAUGGCCAAUGGAGGCAUAUGUCCCAUAACAGAUCAGAGAAUACUUGAUUCUCAUGUAGUAAGAGAUGUGCUCUCUAUUAUGCAUACCUGUGGUAUGUACAAUUACUCUGGACGAUUUGCAUUUGAGGUUGGACUACCAGCUAAAUCAAGUGUGAGUGGAGCAAUGAUACUUGUUGUACCAAAUGUCAUGGGUGUUUCUAUGUUUGCUCCACCUAUUGAUCACUAUGGAAACAGUGUAAAAUGCAGAACAUUUUGUGAGGAACUUUUAAGAGAAUACACUUUUCAUCCAUAUGAGCAACUUGGACAUGCGAUAGUCAAUAAAAAACACCCUCUAAAAUCGCAUGCAGGAUUAGAUGAAAUGAGUAUAAUAAAAUUACUCUUUUAUGCUGCAAUGGGAGAUUUGCUAGCACUAAAAAGGUUUUAUUUGAUGGGGUUUGAUAUGACAAAGACAGAUUAUGAUGGACGAACACCUUUACACCUAGCUGCAGCUGAGGGCCACCUGGAAUGUGUUAAGUUUCUUUUGGAAGUAUGUAAAGUGCCUCAUAAUCCAAGUGACAGGUGGGGCCAUGUCCCUAAGGGAGAAGCCAGUGCAUUUCGCCGUACAGAGGUCUUCAAUUUUAUCAGAGACUGGGAAAUAGAAAAUAAUCUUUCGAAAAGUGCUGAUCAAUGAAAAGGGAGUUGAUCCAUAUUCUUUUCAUUAUUGACUCUCUGGAAAGUGUACAAACCAUAUGAUGCUUGUACAGUAAAGUAUAGAAAUAUUUCUCCCUCAUGUAAAGAGGUCAUUAUUUGUAAUGAAGUACAUAACACAAAAUGAGAUUUAGGAAGUGUGAUGUAUAUAUUUGAUUCCUAUUUUGUAUCCUAUACAUAUAGUAAUUUCUAUAUUUACCAUUCACUAUGUCCUAACAAAAAAAGACUAUGCAUCUAAUUUUUGGAAUGUUAAAAACGUAUUUGAUUGAUUGUGAUUGACUUUCUAUCUAUUAAUAACUUUGCUUUAAGAGUUAUCUGAGUUAUGUAUCAAUUGAAGUCUUUUGGCAGUCUCUCUCAUCUCAUGGCUCUCUCAUUAUUGCUGUUGCUUUGAUGAAAAUUAAUUGCCAUAUAAAAUAAACAUAAAAUUUUGGUGUAUGAUUUUCUUUCCCUUUCUCUUCCAAUCUGCAAAAAAUGUCAUCCCUUGGAAAGCUCUUAAUUGAAAUAAUAAAAAUCAAUAUAUAAUAUAU